CGACAUCCCACGCAAUCAUGUCAGGCUCAACACUGGAAUUGACUGAAACAGACGAAGCAGGAAAUGUCACCGCGACUUACAUCCAGACGAGCACCGUCAAGCGGAAUGUCACUAGGAUAGACAGAAUUAUCCCCGAGAACUCUCAAAAACCACUCAAGGCGCUACUCGAUGUUUUCCUGCCAGCCGGAUAUCCUGAAUCCGUGACUGAAGACUAUUUACCGUAUCAAAUCUAUGAUUCACUACAAGCAUUCUCUAGCUCGAUAGCAGGCCUUCUUGCAUCGAGAGCAGUGCUCGAAGGUGUUGGCGUGGGUGAUGCUUCGGCAUCUGCUACCGGUGCACUCUUGCUUUCCAUCUUCCAAGAGUCUAUGGGCAGAGUCGCAACGAUACUCUUUGCUCAUCGCCUCGGUACCUCUUUAGAGCCCGAGUGUAAAAUGUACCGGCUGCUGGCUGAUAUUUUCAACGACGCUGCCAUGGUGCUUGAUUGCCUUUCCCCUGCUUUUCCGAAACCGAUGCGGAUUCUGAUACUGGCGUCCGGCAGCGUCCUGAGGUCGCUAUGCGGCGUUGCUGCCGGGAGUUCCAAGGCCAGUCUGAGUGCUCACUUCGCUCGAUGGGGGAAUCUGGGAGAGCUCAACGCCGUAAGUUUCGAACCAAAGAAUUCGAGUCAAGAAACCGUAAUCUCUUUGGUCGGCAUGUUGGUUGGUUGUCUUGUAGUCAAGGUUGUCAUUACGCCCUUGGCGACUUGGACGACGUUGCUGCUGCUGCUCACGUUGCAUCUUGCGACAAACUACAUGGCGGUCAGAUCAGUGUGCAUGCGUACGCUCAACCGUCAGCGCGCCAACAUCGUCUUUGCAUGCUUGCAUAAGCACAAUCGCAUCCUGAACCCUAAGGAGGUCUCGGCCAAAGAGAGGGUGUUCGAACGUGAUGGCAUAUUGCGCGAUGUGGAUGACAAUUGCUUGGGCUAUGCUAGGAUAGGGAUCCCCGCUUCUGAGCUGCUGCAGCGCUUGGGAGAGACCGAAAAGCUGACUAAAGCGACUAACCUCCCGGACGGCCGACUACUGCAGCUACUUGAUGUGUUUGAGGAUGAAGGCUACGUGCUCUAUCUGGAACAGCCGUCAGACAUGGUCUGCAUCUUGUUGAAGAAGGGCAGUGAUACGGCGGUUCAGUUGAAGGCCUGGUACCAUGCCCUGCUGCUUGCACGGCUAGUCAGACAGGGUUACGAGAGUGAGAAGAAACCCAUGGACAUGGUUCAAUCCACACUUGUGGCUGUGAGGAAGGACUGGGAAAGGGUCCAAGCAAGACUUGGUGAAGCAGGUUGGGACUUGGACACGGCAGCGCUGGAGACAACCUCAGGUUUCCGGGUGUCGAUUCGUAGGUGAGACGUAGGGUCCAUUCCUCCACAGACAUCCACAGACACCUCACAGUCAUCAUCGGCGAUCAGGACAGAUAGUGAGAUACGAGAAGCUUGUCUGUUGAAGAAGCACGUUCUUUCAAGCGUGCAGACCACGGAUCAGUAGUUGUCUCUGAGGCUUUGCGUGUCGGGUGACGAGUCAGUGCGAGAUGUAUGCCGAACCAAUCAAGGACGACAACGUCUGAAAGAUCGUCGUCAGAGCACGAGAGCAGUGAGCACGCACGCACAGAGGGAGCGAGCGGACAACGGAAGAGCAAAGUUUCCUUUGGAGUCAUACUCCGACAUGCGAAGAGAAGUUAAGCUUAGAGGCAGGCGUUUGAU